ACAACGCUGGAGACCAGCCAAAUUUAGACAAACGCAUCAGAAGAAACUGAAAUAACCAGCUGGAGUUUAAUAAUUUAACUGAGGAACUCAAUAUUCAAAACCAACAUAAUGCGGAGUUUUCUUCUGCUCAUCCUCUUACUGAUGGCAGGCUGUAAGGACUCGUCUGAACAGUCUGUAGAAGAUUCUGAAGUGAAGAGAUGCCAAGAAGGAUGGGUGGAAUUCACUUGCAAAUAUCCAAAACAACAUGAAACAUAUCAAAGUAUUUCUGUAGUUACUCCCAAAAACACAACCAUACAAACCACUAAAAAGGAUGUGUGGGAAAACAAAGGCAGAGUUUCCCUGUACCAUGAUACAAACAAUAAAAAUCUCAGGGUGGUCAUCAAACAACUUGAACCUGAGGACUUUGGGGACUACACCUGUAAAUUUACACGACGAGACUCAUCCAGUGACCAUAAAGUGAAACUGGAAGUUGAGAAAAAAAUGUGCCAGAGACAAUUUAAUCAAACUGCGUACAGAACAGCUACAACCACCAUCACAUGUGAUUACACAGGAAACAAAUACAAGUUCUUCAGCAAACAGAACGGUUUAAUCUGUGAGGAUAUUUUAUCAACAAAAUCCUCUCUGAAGUUAAACGGGACAUUCACUCUCACAGAAACCAACAGUAGCUUCAGCGUGUCCAUCAGUAACGUGUCCUCACAUGAUGCUGGUGUCUACCGGUGUGGAGUGGAAACACAUGAAGGAAGUUACAGAGCUUCUCUCAGAAAGAUAAAGCUGGAGGUUGAAGAUAUUACUAACCUCACAAAGUCUCUAACUGUUGGACAGAAUCUUACAUACUGGUGUCGAUAUCCAAAUAGUGCUCCGAUAAACAAAUUCAUCUGUAAGGGAGAAGAUCCAUCUAUAUGUCAACCUCUAGUAAGCACCGCACAGCGCAACAAGAACACUGGGAAGUUUUCCAUGAAGGAGGACAAAGAGAAGAGAAAUAUCACCAUAACAGUGAGAGAAGUAACAACAGACGACACUGGGACAUACUGGUGUGGAGCAAAAAGCUCUGAUGAAACACGAAGCAGCCCAUUCUUCCACAAACUGGUGAUGACUGUAGGGCUGGGACAUGCGUAUAAUAACACUAAAACUAUAACCAUUGCUGAGGUCGUCCGUAUAGCUGUGCUGGUGCUGGUGUUUGGGCUUAAUUUGGUUCUCAUCUACAAAUUAUUUAAGCGUUCAAAAAACACAAGAAAUGAAGAAGCACAGAACAACGACGAGGAUCGUGCCAAUGCAGAGAUGCAGGAGCGCCCCCAGAUGCCAGGUUCAGGAGCUGUUUAUGCCACUCCCAACAGUCCCACAAACCCCUCUUCUGCCUCGCAGCAUUACUACAAUAUCACAAUUCAAACUUAGUAUUGACACAUAAAGAAGACAGCAGCACUGAGGAAAGUCCUGUCAGUUAAUUCUAUAUUGAUGUAAUAUUUUUACAGGAUUCACUGCAUUGUUCACUUUGUUUGAUUCAAGAUUUAGUUGCAGGGUGUCAAUCAACUACCACCUAAAAAGGAUUUAAUUUAAUCAACAGCUAAGCAAUAUUGUGUGUGUAGUGUGUGCAAUAGUGUGCGACUUAAGUCGGACUCGAGUCCAAGUCUCAAACUCAAGUCCCCAUCACUGCUUAACAGUUUGUAAGAAAUGUACCUAUUUAAUCAAUAAUUUGGCAUUCUUGCAACAGUUUAAUAUUGUUUUUAUUGCUUCUUCUGAUUGUUAUCGUUGUUGCAUUUGUGGUAUUAUUGUGAAGGGCUCAGGGGUCUGAAGUAACAUAAUAAUGUGUCAGUAAAUCAGGCGUUAGAGGACUAGUUGAUCUGAAUGAAAGAGACACAUGAUUAUUUGGCAAAGCAGAGAUCUUAGUUUUCUUGCCCAUUCAUUUGUCUUGUUCUCUUUUGUAAGCACUUGGCAAAAUGUAAAAAAACAAAUAGCUGUCGAUUGGAUUUACCUGUGUUAGUGUCAACUCCUUUGAAUGCUCCAAGAACAUUGUGAAUGUAUACAUUUAUACAUUGAAGAGUAAAGUAAUAACCACAGUCAUCCCCUCGCAAAUUUGCACUUUUAUUGCUGUAAUUUUUGUAUUAGUAUUUUCAGCCUUGAUACCAUCACCCCCCCUGCAUCAGCCUCAGACUAAUGUUACGACCCGUGGGCCGUUUACUGUAUGUGUAUAUAGGAUGUUCUGUGUGUUUUCCUCUCUGCCCUAAGCAGGACCUUGCCCCGCCCCGAAUGCUGCAGCCAGCAGGCUGAGGAGCGCGGCUGAUUCCACUCUCUCUCUGGAGAAGGAAGCUGCUGUGUGUGAGAGUAUUGUGGUCUACAGUGAAAGAGACGGUGUUUACCGAGAGUGUUUGGAGUCUGCGGCGAGCGUGUGGCAGUUGGCAGAGACAGUAACCGACAGUUACAACAGUGGAAGUCCUGUGGUUAAGUGUAGUGAUUUAGUGUUUUUGUGUUGCACCGGGUGCUUGUAUGUGCUAGUUUGCCUACACUACUAUUGUGUUUGUGUUUAUCCAUUGCCUUAGUUCCCUUUAAAAAGGACCCUUGUUGCUCGCUUCACUUUUUGGGAGUUGUUUUCUGUUUACUUUGUUAAUUAUUGUAAAUAAAUCCCCUUUUUCUUUGCAACA